CAACAACAACAACAACAACAACAACAACAACAACAACAACAACAACAAAUCCUUCAACAAAUUUUGCAACAACAACUGAUUCCAUGCAUGGAUGUUGUAUUGCAGCAACACAACAUAGCGCAUGGAAGAUCACAAGUUUUGCAACAAAGUACUUACCAGCUGCUGCAAGAAUUGUGUUGUCAGCACCUAUGGCAGAUCCCUGAGCAGUCGCAGUGCCAGGCCAUCCACAAUGUUGUUCAUGCUAUUAUUCUGCAUCAACAACAAAAACAACAACAACAACCAUCGAGCCAGGUCUCCUUCCAACAGCCUCUGCAACAAUAUCCAUUAGGCCAGGGCUCUUUCCGGCCAUCUCAGCAAAACCCACAGGCCCAGGGCUCUGUCCAGCCUCAACAACUGCCCCAGUUCGAGGAAAUAAGGAACCUAGCGCUACAGACGCUACCUGCAAUGUGCAAUGUCUACAUCCCUCCAUAUUGCACCAUCGCGCCAUUUGGCAUAUUCAGUACUAACUGAGAAGAAAAUAACUCUAGUACUAGAUAUAUGAAACACCGUUUUCUCGGUCCAUGGUUUGGUCGUUGUAGCGGUGAAAAAAUAAUGUGACAUGCACUAUCAUGUAAGAACCCAAACUAUACUAGUUCAAACUUGGGAAUAAAAGACAAACACAGGUCUUGUCUACA